UCCAGCUCCAUGGCCGCAAUGCACCAGCUCACGCAUCACCAAUCCCUACCCUAGCGACAACCCUACUCCUUUUUUCCUCUCCGAGCUCUCUUCUUCGUCGGUGCGAACUCAAUAGCCAGCCAGGGCGAGCCAGAACCCAAGAUUCCAUCCAUGGCCGUACUCGUGGCGAGGCAGGGGCGCGAGCUGCAGCGGUACACGAGCAGCGGGGGCCGCAUCGUGGUGGGGUGCAUCCCGUACCGGGUGCGCGGCGGCGAGAUGGAGGUGCUGGUGAUCACCUCGCAGAAGGGGCACGGCAUGAUGUUCCCCAAGGGCGGGUGGGAGCUCGACGAGUCGAUGGACGAGGCCGCCCGCCGCGAGGCCCUCGAGGAGGCCGGCGUCCGCGGCGAGACCGAGCCGUCGCUCGGCUGCUGGUACUACAAGAGCCGCCGCUACGACAAGACCUACGAGGGCUUCAUGUUCCCUCUCCGCGUCACCGACGAGCUCCACCAGUGGCCCGAGAUGGCCUCCCGCAAGCGCACCUGGGCCACGGUGCAGCAGGUGAUGGACGGGUGCCAGCACGGUUGGAUGCGGGAGGCGCUCGAGCAGCUCGUCUCCCGGCACGCCAUGAUGCUGCAGUCUGCGCUGUAAUCAAACCAACAACCAACGGAAGCACGCCACUUCCCGCGCGCGCGAGGUGAAAGGGCUACGAGCACGAGCGAGCGGCGGCGCGCACGCGUCGUCGGCGUCGUGUUCCGCUCUCCCGGUGAAGCGGCAGGCCGCCCCCGGGCUCCGACCGGAUCGAUCGGUCGAGCACGUUUAUUUUUGGCCGCCCUUACCGGAGAGCGAGACGACGAUGCACGCAGCAUGCCCCCCACUUGGAUCGGAGCACGCGACGACUCUUCCCUUGAGCUGCAGGGUCGUCGUCGUCGAACGUCGCGGCAAAUAACGGCGCGAGAAUUUUAGAAAGCUGGAAGAUUCGGCAUCUUUGUAAAAAGAUCGGAUCGAGCUGGACAAAACCAAUUAAAACCCACAAUGCGAAAGCAAUUAGAGAUUCUUUCUUUGAAGCAACAGAAAGUGUAAAAAAAUGGACCGCAGUAAUUACCAGUACCAUUUCGUGUUGGCACAAUUAAUGAAUGGUAAUUGAAGUGUUCAACGAAACAAAAUCGAUCAA